AUGGCCUCAGAUCUAGGCCACGGGUGCGUCCCAGAGACCUUUGGCAACCUCACCCUGUUCGGGGCCGAAGUGCUGGCCGUCUCAGCAAACCUGGUCACCAGCCACAGCGCGUCCGUAUCGUCAGACGUUCGCUUCACCCAACCCUCCAUCGAAGUCCAAGACGCCACAUUCUGCAACGCCGUAGGUGGUGGGGGCUGGGUCGCCGGGCGGAGUGAACCCUUCUAUGGCGCCAUGAGCGGCGCGGUCGGGGAUGGCUACGCGACCAUGGCCACGGAUGCCGGGCUCGGCACCGCCCAAGACGCCUCUGCUUGGGCUCUUCUGAGCCCCGGAAACGUGGAUCUGUAUACCCUUCAGAACCUCGCAUCGGUUUCGUUAGAAGACGAGCCUUCUACGGCCGCCCCCGCCUUCUCCUACUGGAACGGCUGCUCCCAAGGCGGCCGCCAAGCCCUCAUGCUCGCCCAGCGCUACCCCACCGCCUACGACGGCAUCGCCUCCAUCGAAGCCCUCACCGCCGCCGCCAUCGCCGCCUGCGACGGCCUCGACGGCGUGGUCGACGGCAUCGUCGAGGACGUCGACGGCUGCCGGGACACCUUUGACCCGUUUGCGCUCGUCGGCCAGACUUUCGACUGCGCGCGCGAGAACGCGACCCUCGAGAUGGGGUUCGCGGCCGCUGCGGUGGCCAACGCUACGUGGCAAGGGGUGAACACCGCGCACGGCGUGCGGGCCUGGCCGGGGCUCAGCCCGAGCACCGACAUCGCUAUCGGCGUCGCCAUGACGGAUUGCAGCAGCGGUACCUGCGUGGGCGUGCAGCUGCCUAUUAGCGCCACCUGGCUUUCCCUGUUCGUCUUGAGGGAUGCGGACGCAGAUCUUGCCCACCUUAGCCACGAAGAAUUUGACUGGUUGGCCCACUUGAGUGGGCAGAAAUACAAAUCCAUCAUUGGCACGGGCGAUGCCGAUCUUUCCGCGUUCCGAAAGGCUGGCGGCAAGCUCAUCAGCGUCCACGGACUUGACGAUCAACUCCUCCGCCACAGGGCACCGCUAUGUACCACGAAAAGUCUCGGAGGCACUAGGAGGCGCAGAUGA